UCUAAGGUGCCCCAGACUUUAUCUGAAAAUAGAGAAGGAUUGCAGAGAACAGAGACACAGGCUGAUGUGGAGUUAUUGGCAAGUACCACAAUGUACUUGCCUGAUCCAGAUUCUGUUCUGUGUUCUAAAUGAUGUUCCAGUGAACAAGAUGCUGGAGAUGGCACAGCCAACACAAAACUCUGCUGGAGCAUGGAGAAGGCUGGAGAGCCAGAAAAUACACGUGAAAAGUAUUUGUCUCCAGUACCAACUGUAUCUUCUUUUGAACAGCCAUUUCUUUUGCCUUUUAAGGAAUAAGACUGGACUAACCAUCUUCUUCCUAUGUGCUUAUGUACCAAAGACAGAAGCAAAUCACUGUAAGUGGUCAGAAGUUUUGAAAGAUUUGGAGCUGAUCAAGACAUCUGAAGACAUUGAUGUCAGUUUAUAUACUGCAAACACAGACGAGGAUAAAGAAUGCCAGGAGCCUGUAAUGAGAUGUUUUUUUUUGGAGAUGAAAGUGAUUCUUCAUGAAUGUAAUAUCAAAAAAUGUAGUAGAACACAGGAUGUAUUGAACAUAUGGAAAAAUGGAAAUGCAAGAUUUGAAACUAACCAGCUAUUUUCCUCCAAAACCUACAUAUGCUGGAGAAGAAUUAUCAUUAUCAUUUCUCCAUUUGAAGAAAUGUCACUAGUAAAAUGUUUGCAGCAUAAUCUUUAGAAUAUGAUCUUGUGGAGCAAAGAAAUGAACUGAUGUGUGUGCCUUCAUCCUCAGCUACUUUAUCAUAGUCCAUUUGUAAUAACAGAUGUGCAUCAGAAACAUCACAAAAAGCUGAUGAGAUGUAUAACUUAGACACAAAUACUUCUGACUUUUCUCUCUAAACUUUUAGCUACAUACUUCCAAAUCUGCAAAUCACAACAUUUCAUUUGUAACAAGGUGCAUCAUGUGUUGAAACCUUGGCCUUCUGUCUUCCUGCCUAUACGUGUAGCAUUUCAACUGCAAACCAUCUUGGUAACUGCAGUCUCUAACAACUAAAGGUACUUUAAAACCAUCAUCAUCACCACCGCCGACAAAACCCUAAGAAACUGAGAAAUAAAAGAACAGUAGAGAGCCAUUUCCUUGGCUGAAUAUCAUGUCUAUGAAUGCUGAAAUAACAAACCUCAAGCUUCUGAGAAGCAGGGAGUAUGAAUUAAAGAGUAUAUGCAUCCAAACACUGCUUUUAACAGCAACUUAUGCCACGAAUUAGCUUGUUUAUGAAUGAUUUUAAAGAAGAUAUGCCUUUGCCCUUCCAGUGGUUGAUUUUUAUUUAUUUAUUUAUUCAUGGGAGAAAAAAAAAACAACCCACUGUAUGUACUUAUUUUUUAAGCCUUCUACUUAAGGAUCUUACACUUUAUUUUCCUCUGAUUAAAAAUAUAGACAUUACUCAUUUCCUUUCUAAAUGCUUCCAGUAGGAAGACCAUCAUAGGUUCCGCAACUGAAACAGCACUGGACUUGUGAAAUACAUGUGCAUUUCUUUCUUCCCACAUGCAUCCCAUGCAAGAAAAAUGUUCAUUCUAUUAUAGCACAGCAGAGUCUUUCCAGACUGCGUCAUUUUCUCUCUGCCAAACUGCUUGAAUUAAGCUCUCCAACAUUCUCAGUAGCUACCACUGAGAUAGUGAAUACAGCUUAACUGCUUGCAGUCAAAUUUUCAUCUUGUGAAAGCUGUAAUGCUUAAGGUUAUCCGUGUAUUUUUUGGUUAUCAGUAUGAGCCUUGCCAAACCAGUCAUUCCAGAAGGGUACAAUCGUAUCUCUAGGAAAACAUAACUCUGCAUUACGGUUUCCUGUUAAUAAACUACAAUGUAUCAAAUAAAUCAAUUGUAAGUACUCUUAUAUUAAAUAACUCUUACAAUUAUUUAGCUGGGGGGUUGGGGAGCAAAACCAAACAAACAAAAAAACAAAACUCUGACAAAAAUACCUGAUCCUACAAAAAAGCAAAAUAAUGCUCACCUAAAAAAGGUUUUUAAUUCCUCAGAUGCUGCCUGAAAGUCUUCCAUUUUCUGCAGAAUAUUUGGGACUCUGGGACUUAUGCUGGAAUUCAAACAGUACAGCAGGAUGAUAUUUCUGCUAGGAAAACAUGUUUACUUCAAUAAAUAUUCACUCACAGCUGUUGCUGAAACUCAAACAUAACCAAGAGAGCUCAGAAAUCUAUUCAUGCUAAAGAUUCUGAUUAGACAUUCUCUGAUUGUAGGCAGAAUUGCAAACAGUUCAUAACAGAAAAACUUAUUUCAACUUUAGAAACAAGCUUUUAAACAAGUUACAGCUUUAUUGUAAGACCUCUGAUGUCUUGUGCAAAGUUGGAAAUGAAGACCAAAUAAAGUAUAAUGAAGUAA